UGAACUCUCGCCACACCUACAGAACUCUCGUGCAUUUCGCUCCAUCAAGUGACGACGUACAAAGAGAGGAAUUUCAGUCAACAGAGAGGGAAAUGUCUAUUUUCCAUUUCCCCUUCCUCCGGGGGAACGAUGGAUACAAUGAUUUAGAAUAUACGGAAUUACAGGAUCACGAGGAGUUGUCAGAACGAUUCCGGAAAACCUUUUACUAUGGAAAACAACCGACCACUGACAGGCCUUCUCUCCCCCUUACAAACUUGACAGUAGAUUUUCUGAAUGCUGCAGUGCCAAAGAAACUGGGAAAAGUGGAUCACUAUUUUGCUGCAUCCAGUGCCAGGCAUUCUUGCAUGUCGCCCUGUUCAAUGAUGAUGGGAAUGAUCUACGUGAAUCGACUGAAGAAAAAGAACACAGAUUACCUGCAACAAGUGUCUUCCUCUGACCUCUUCUUGAUUUCUAUGAUGAUGGCUUCCAAGUUUCUGUACGAUGAGGGUGUCGAUGAUGAAGUGUUUAACGAUGAGUGGGCGGCAUCAGCGGACAUGGAAACGGAGGACGUUAAUGAGUUAGAACGACAGUUCCUCUCCGCAAUUGACUGGCAGUUGUAUGUUAAUGAAGAAGAAUUCUACCAGGUGCUGCAAAGAGUCGAAAGAAGGAUUGCUAUGACUGAGGGUAUAGAGAGAGGAUGGUUUUCCUAUACAGACCUAUGGGUGAUCAGCAAGGACCCACAACUCCUACAUACCUACAAGGAAAUUGCCAAUCUAUUACCAAAGAUGUUGUCUGUGACGAUGGUGGCGUACAUUGCUGGGAUCUUGACAAUGGUUGGCUCCACUCUGCUGGUCACAACAGCAUUGUCCACUCUGGCUACCCUCACCCCUCACACUCUGCCCUCCAAGGAACACACCAUCCUCCCUGUCCCCAAUCAUAUGUAUGUGUCUUUGGAAGAUGGUCCACUCCCUGAGGACGGAACUGUUCCGACAGCCACAGAAGAACACAAAACACGGCCGCUGGAUGGAACUCUGACCUCACUUUGGACUCUUCUGACUUUGCCCUCCAUCUUGUCUUUGUCAAACCCUGGUCAAUCUGGGCAGGCAACUCGUGCCAAACAGUCUGUGCAUUCUGCUCAUAAUACAACCGACUUGGAUGAUGACUCGGAUAAAGAACCAAAGGAUGACUUAGGAGACAGUAAGAGAAUUCAAUUCUUCAAGUUGUUCAAGGACUUAAUUUCAUUUUCGUUUCCUGAAGUUCAGAAAUCUACUCCUGUGUCAAAUCAAAUGGUAUGUGCCAAAGGACCUUGCUUAUUCAGUGGACAAAACAUUAACUGCAAGAACGUAUCCAAACCACAAAACAACUGGCUGAUCAAUUCCCUCUGGAAACCAAUGGACUUUGAACAAACUGAAAGAGACAGGGUAAACUCAAGGUGCAAAGACUGUGGAGCAAGAACAAUGCCUAACUCUGGACGACCGGAUCGAUUCUGUGAUACAAGGACAGCUGCUGUGGACCAUGUAGUUGUCGCUCAGUCAGACGUCUCGUGUUGUUGUGAUCAUGUGACUGCUGACUUAGACAGGUCUUUGUUGUUGAAUGGGUUUGCCGACAUUUCGCUAGGAUUUCGUACUAUGUUAACCGAAUUCCCAUUAUUUGGGACCUAAAUGUAGACUACAUUAUCCAAUUAGACCAAAGUUUGAAGGAACUGAAAUACUGCUUGUUAAAAAUUUAGUCGUAUUUAUUUGCUUUUAAAACUAAUGUCCUAUAUCUGAAGGAAUGUUUUUGGUUUAUUUUAUAGACUUUUGAAAAGAGAAUCACAAUUUCUUACAUAACAUCAAACAUUUUUGGCUUGUACUGAAAGACAGCUCUAUUUGUUGUCCAAUAAAUUUUUAGAUUGUUUGGA